AUGAAUGUGCGAGAGUGCAUUUUACCAAAAAGAAACAAACGGGCGGGAGUUUUGCAGUUGUUGGAUGCAUUUAGUUUCAAUGGAAGCGAAAUUCGGCGCGGAAAGGAGUCCGUAGUUGCAGCAUUUAUGAUAUUUAUCACUUGCAGUUCGGUGGCGUCAAAACGCAGUGUCAAAACGGAACCGGAAUCCACAGGAAAAAGGGAAAUCCGGAUCGGCAGAGGUGUGGCGAGCAGUUUGAGGCGAUGUCCUUUCACGGGCACCUUUCACGCAGGCGGGCAGACACGAACGCGGAGGGGCAUGGACCGAGGAAGCACGGCUAUCCAGGCGGUGCAAAUUUUCCCCUGGAUAGCCAGUGCCAUUCAUUUUCUAUCUACCCAAGGGCUGUGGUCGCUCUUUAGUUUUCCACAGUCAACGGCUUAUAGUACAGAAUCCCAGGCUCUUCUUUUCUUCAAGGAAGCCUUGAAGGUCUCUGAUGGCAUUCUCAGUUCAUGGGAUAAUAGAAGCGACUGUUGCUCCACAUGGGAAGGUAUAUCGUGCAACUAUGCCACUGGCCAUGUAGAGCUGGUUAAUCUGACUGCUUACACCAACCACACAGAGCAGGGUUUGCAGAGUGGAGUCAUAUCGAGUAGUUUGUGCAGCCUUCCUUUUCUCAAAUACCUCAUCCUGAAAAGCAUUGGAUUAACAGGUAAUAUCCCUUCCUGUUUGGGAAAUCUUUCUUAUCUUCAGGUUUUGGUGUUAAAGAACAAUAGUUUGACGGGGAUAGUUCCUCCUGCAAUUUGCUUGCUCACAAAUCUUGGCCAUCUAGAUGUAAGCAUUAAUCAACUCGUAGGAAUCUUACCACCGUGUCUAGGAAAUCUUACCUUUCUCCGUAGACUCAUUGUCCAUUACAACAAAUUAACUGGGCAAGUCCCAAUUUCCUUGAACAAACUCUCCUUGCUCAAGUUCUUGAGUAUUUCCGGUAACAAGUUCAAUGGCAGCCUUCAACUCACCGGGCUUUCUUCCCUCAAUUUGCUCUUUGCUCGUGAUUUUUCAUUACCUGAGAACGUUACUUCUUCCCAGUUGGCAUUGCCAUCCUCCAUAAAGGUUCUCUGGCUCUCCCACAUCACCAUUACAGAUAGUCUGUUUGAUAACCUUGCAGAAUUAAAAUUUUUGUACGUAUCAUAUUGUGUUUUGAAUAUUAGCGCAAGUUGGCUUCCGAGCUUCCAGUUAGCGGGCUUAGAUCUAGUCUCAUGUAGUAUUGGUGGUAGAGUUCCUGAGUGGCUUUUCACUCAGUAUUCAUUACAGAGGUUGGCAUUGGCUGACGACAAUAUUGUUGGAGAAAUUCCCAAAUGGUUAAUGGAGAACAAUCCUCAGUUGUUUCUGUUCAACAUUUAA